GCACAUGUGAAUCCAACACGCGAUCGCUCAAUGUUCAGGUCAGACACGUUUUUCAUUUUUAUUGCUUUUGAAUCCAAACACGAAAACAAAGUUAUGGAGGAUCUUAAUUAGAUUUUCAAGGCCCAUCCCAAAAGUCAACUGGGUUUCAGGCUCCAUGUAUAUCUCACCAUUCAUUAACAAUCUUUGCUCCACUCUUUCGCUGAUCUCUGCUCCCUUAUAUUCUAGAAAUUAGACAUGGCUUCUGUCAUUGCCACAGCCCUUCUUGGAUUCCUUCUUGUUGUUGCUCUGCAACCUAUGGCUACUCCAAGCAGUCUCUUGCCUCCGAUUCUCGCGCCUGCUUUCGAUAAUGUGUGCGAACAAGCGGAAUGUGGACAAGGAAAGUGCCAGCCUUCUACGAAUAGCACAAUCUUUUAUGACUGUGUGUGUUAUCCUGGGUGGAUGCAGACCAUUUCGGAUGACAAUAAUCAGUUCAAGUUUCUUCCUUGCGUAAUUCCCAAUUGUACACUGAAUUACAGUUGCAUGGCAGCACCUUCUCCUGUUCAAAAGAAAUCAUCCACUAACCUGUCAAUCUUUGACAUCUGCCACUGGACCAAUUGUGGAGGUGGAUCAUGCAACAGGACAUCAAAUUUCUCAUACAGUUGUGAAUGUGAUCCGGGUUAUUAUAAUCUUCUUAACACGUCUGCUUUUCCAUGCUACAAUGAAUGUGCUAUUGGAUUGGAUUGUGCGAACCUGGGAAUUUCUCAAUCUCCACCACCAGCUCCUGCAUUGGCUGAUGAUGGUAAAAAUCAAGCUGGCUCAAAUUUCCUCAGGACUUAUUAUUUGUUGGCACUUCUGAUGUUGUCGCUGGUUUUGGUUUUGCAAAACUAGUAUAAAUAAGUGGUGCUCGAGAUUUCUGGUACCACCGUCACUUGAUUAUCUGAUACCUAACUAUUAUGUGAUUGUACUGUAUACAUAUGUUGCCUCAUGCCUAGUUCAGUUUGCUGCUUCCUAUACAUAAGUUUCCAGGUUAUACAGAAAUAACCUCUACACAUACACAUUAAAGGAAUUAUUUUUGUAGAUAGUACUUGUUUGUAAUGGAAGUCAUCGUAGUUCUACUGUUUAUAUGCUACUGGGAUACAGAGAAUAAUUUUAUAUGUUUUGUAUUUUAUUCUUCUAGUGGAUACCUCUUCUUGUUAUACAAAGUCUGUAGGUAAAUAAAGAAUGCCAUUAGACUCUCAACCA